AUGGUGAAGAAAGAGCAAAAGAUCCAAUUUGGAGCGGCCAAAGAAGUUUUUUCAUCCUCGCGCUCGUCCUCAUCUUCAUUGUUGAGUUCUAAAUCCUUAUACAAAAAGAAGUACAAGGGAGUUAGAAUGAGAAGCUGGGGAUCAUGGGUUACUGAGAUAAGGGCACCAAACCAAAAAACAAGAAUAUGGUUAGGGUCAUAUUCAACACCAGAGGCAGCUGCAAGGGCAUAUGAUGCAGCUCUUUUAUGCCUUAAGGGAACUUCAGCGAAUUUCAACUUCCCAAUAUCCAAAUCACAAAACCUCCACCCUAAUACCAUCAUGUCCCCUAAGUCCAUCCAAAGAGUGGCUGCCGCCGCAGCCGCCAACAGUGAUUUUCCUUCGCCUGGGCAUCCCGUCUCUUCCACAUCAUCAGCCUCAACACCACCACCAGCCAACCCAUCUACAACUUUAUCUUCUUCAUCACCUGCCUUUAGUCUAAUUGAAGAUGAUGCUAUCUCAUUAGCACCACCAUUGACAAGUGACUACACAAUACCCUAUGUUGCAGAUGAACCUAUGAUGGCCUCAUGGUACAACUUUGAUUCCCCCAAGUACACAGAUAUCCUCCUCAAUGGAGCAUUCUAUGAUCCAUUAAUCAUGGAAGAUCCUUGUGAAGAUAUUGAUAUUCCCUUAUGGAGCUUCUGCUGA